AUGAAUCCAUCUUCAGCAUCCAACAUGCGGGCCAGUGGAAAAGGAGAUCAAGAGAAACAGAUGGCUCCUGCUCCAACACAUGGCUCUAUCCACCAUGGCGAGGUUACCGUUAAUGAUGACAACAUCGGCGACCUACACCGGAGCUUCAGUCCACGCCAGAUUCAUAUCAUAUCUCUCGGCUCUAGCAUGGGUAGUGGCAUCUUCAUUGCGACCGGGAAAGCACUAGCAUCUGGUGGGCCCGGCACUAUGUUUCUGGCCUACUUGAUAGUAUGCAGUGGCGUUUGGGCUAACCUUCAGAUUCUGGGUGAGAUGACCAUAGCCUUCCCGGUCUCGGGGAGCUUUGUCGACUAUGCCGGUCGAUGGGUUGAUCCUGCUUUGGCAUUCGGUGCGGGUUUUGCUGAAUGGCUCGGCUGGAUCGCAGUAUUCGCAGCCGAAGCUGAGUUCUUCGUCGUUUUAAUCAGAUACUGGGGCGACGCAGUUCCACACGCAGCAUUGAUAACCAUAUUUCUUGCGCUCUGCCUGAUAGUAUUUUGCCUGCCGAACAAAGUCUUUGCUUGGUUGCAAUGUUUUGGGUCUCUCGUGAAGAUUAUUCUUUUCGUCUUCGUUGCCGCGCUGUCGUUGGCGUUGAUCGCCGGCGCUGGCCCAACUGGAGUUGUCAGAGACGGCAGCUACUGGCGUGAUGGUCAAGCCUUUCAGAACGGAUUUGGGGGCUUCGCUAGUUGUGCUCUAUUAGCAAUAUGGGCAGUUGGCGAUCAAGUCUUCAUCAGUGUCAUGGGGGGAGAGGCGAGCUCACCCAGAUAUUCUAUGGCGCAUGCAUCAACCUUGAUUCCUCUGCGAGUUGGUUUCAUGUAUCUGGCUGUUGUUGUUCUCAUUGGCAUCAUAGUCCCGUCUGACGAUCCGCUUCUGCUCGGUGAGAGCGGUUCCGCCGCCUCUCCCUUCGUCAUAGCAGCAAAUAACGCCGGCCUCGCUGGCAUUCCCGAUUUCAUCAACGUUUGCAUGAUAAUUGGCAUCAUGGCUAUCAGCUUGGAAGCACUAUAUCUUCCUUCUCGAAUUAUCCGAACCAUGGCCUUGCAAGGACUUAUUCCGGAGGUCUUCGCAAAAUGCGACCAGAAAGGGCGUCCUCGGUGGGCUCUCUUGAUUAGCUCAACUGUGGGAGUAGCUUUAAGCUACCUCAGUCUUAGCAGUGGUGGAACUAUGGCGUUGAACUGGUUCAUCUCAAUUACGAGUGCUUCAUUUUUCACCAAUUGGGCCAUCAUUGCCUUCACAAGCCUCAGAUUUCGCGCAGCCUUGAGAGUACAGGAUGACAAGCUAUUCAACCAGACGUUCGCAUGGAAGUCAAAGUUGUGGCCCCUUCCUGCGGUACAUCUUCUGGUCGUGUCAACAAUGCUCCUGGUCUGUCUGUUCACGACCGCAGACCACUCUAAUCCAGAUAACUCUGCUGAGCUUGACCCGAGAUCCAUCGACCCCGAUUCGUAUGUCGAAGAAGCCUCGGGCACACUCGAGUCACCCCACACAGCACUGCCAUACUAUGUGCACCCUUCAGACCAGACAUACGCCAAUCAGCCCGCACUGCAUCACACAGAGGAUGGCCAGGCUGCCAUGUCUCAAAUUCCGCCGCAGUCCGAAAUGGUGUACCGAACCCGUCCCGUGUACGGGAGCCCCAACUCUGGUUACUACCAGUACCACGCCAGUCAGGUCAAUCACGCCAACGGCCCAUACUCUCACAACGGCUUUUACACACCAUCCCCCAGAAUGAAAAACGCUCUCGAUCACAUCGGAGCCUGGGAUGACAAUCCUCAGGCCUCCGACUACCCUGCAUCACCUGAACCCGAGCGGGGCCGGAAAGAGCGAAGGCGAUUAAAGUUUUCCAAUCUUCCCGGAAGGUCGAAGAAGACUGAGUCAACGGAGCGGGAGCGGUCUACCAGUCGAAACGUUGAAAAGAGGAACAGGAGAAAGAGAUGA